AUGGGACCCCGGGCCAGGGCAGUCUGCUCCAUGUUCAUCCUGCUGCAGGUCCUGGCUGCGCCGGCUGAGAACUCAGACUUCUACCUGGCUGGGGAUUACCUCCUGGGUGGCCUCUUCACCCUCCACGCCAAUGUGAAGGGCAUCGUCCACCUCAACUUCCUGCAGGUGCCCCAGUGCAAGGAGUACUAAAUGAAGGUGCUGGGCUACAACCUCCUGCAGGCCAUGAGCUUUGUGGUGGAGGAAAUCAACAACCAUAGCAGCCUGCUGCCCGGCGUGGUGGAUGUCUGCUACAUCUCCAACAAUGUCCAGCCCGUGCUCUACUUCUAGGCUCAGGAGGACUAUUCCCUGCCCAUCCAGGAGGACUACAGCCACUAUGUGCCCCGGGUAGUGGCCGUCAUUGGCCCUGACAACUCCGAGUCCACCGCAACUGUGGCCCACUUCCUCUCCCUCUUCCUCCUUCCACAGAUCACCUACAGCACCAUCAGUGAUGAGCUGCGGGACAAGCAGCGCUUCCCCGCCCUGCUGCACACGGUGCCGGGCACAGAUCACCAGAUCGAGGCCAUGGUGCAGGUCAUGCUCCACUUCUGCUGGAACUGGAUCAUCGUGCUGGUGAGAGGCGACGACUAUGGACGCUACAACAGCCAACUGCUCAACGAGCGCCUGACCACCGGCGACAUCUGCAUCACCUUCCAGGAGACGCUGCCCACGCCACAGCCCAGCCAGGACGUGACCCAGUGGGAGCGCCAGCGCCUGGAAGCCAUCGUGGACAAGCUACAGCAGAGCUCGGCGCGCAUUGUGGUCCUGUUCUCGCCCGACCUGGUCCUGCACAACUUCUUCCACGAGAUGCUCUGCCAGAACUUCACGGGCACCGUGUGGAUCGCCUCUGAGUCCUGGGCCAUCGACCCGGUCCUGCACAACCUCACCGAGCUGCGUAACACGGGCACCUUCCUGGGCAUCACCACCCAGAGCGUGCCCAUCCCGGGCUUCAGCGAGUUCCACAUGUGCCCGCAGGCCGGGCAACCUGUGCCCAACAGGACCAGCCUGGGGGCCACCUGCAACCAGGAUUGCGACACCUGCCAGGACACCCCCGCGUCCUUCAACACCAUCCUCACGCUCUCUGGUGAGUGCGUGGUCUACAGCGUGUACUCAGCUGUCUAUGCCGUGGCCCAUGCAUUACCCAGCCUCCUGCACUGUACCCAGACCACCUGCUCCAAGAGGGUGGUCUACCCCUGGCAGCUACUUCAGGAAAUCUGGAAGGUCAACUUCACCCUCCUGGGCCACGAAAUCUUUUUUGACAAGCAAGGGGACCUGCUCAUGAGCCUGGAGGUCAUCCAGUGGCGAUGGGACCUGAGCCAGAACCCGUUCCAGAGCAUCACCUCCUACUACCCCGCGCUGCGGCGGCUGAAGACCACCCACAACGUCUCCUGGCACACCGCCAACAACACGAUCCCUGUGUCCAUGUGUUCCAAGGACUGCCAGCCUGGGCAAAGGAAGAAGCCCAUGGGCAUCCAUCCCUGCUGCUUUGAGUGUCUUGACUGCCUUCCGGGCACCUUCCUCAACCGAACUGCAGACGAAUUCGACUGUCGGUCCUGCCCAAGUUAAGAGUGGUCCCAUAGGAAUGACACCUCCUGCUUCAAGCGGCGGCUGGCUUUCCCUGAAUGGCACGAGGCGUCCACCAUCAUCAUGGCAAUGCUGUCCGUCCUGGGCUUCCUCAGCACCCUGGCCAUCAUGGUGAUCUUUUGGAGGCACCUGCAUACGCCCAUGGUUCGCUCGGCCGGGGGUCCCAUGUGCUUCCUGAUGCUGAUGCUGUUGCUGCUCGCAUAUACCAUGGUCCCCAUGUACAUAGGGCAGCCCACGUUCUUCACGUGCUUCUGCCGCCAGACCUUCUUCACCCUCUGCUUCACCAUCUGCAUCUCCUGCAUCACCAUGCGCUCUUUCCAGAUCGUCUGGAUCUUCAAGAUGGCCAGGCACCUCCCACGUGCCUACGGCUACUGGGUGCGCUACCAUGGGCCCUAUGUCUUCGUGGCGUCCUUCACCGUGCUCAAGGUGGUCAUCGUGGUGGGCAAUGUGCUGGCCAUGAGUGCCAACCCUACCGCCCGCGCUGACCCCGAUGACCCCAAGAUCAUGGUUCUGUCCUGCAACUACCUCAAGGCACUGCUGUUCAACACCAGCCUGGACCUGCUCCUGUCCGUGGCGGGCUUCAUCUUCGCCUACAUGGGCAAGGAGCUGCCCACCAACUACAACGAGGCCAAGUUCAUCACUUUCUGCAUGACCUUCUACUUCACCUCCUCCAUCUCCCUCUGCACCUUCAUGUCUGUCUACGAGGGGGUCCUGGUCACCAUCAUGGACCUUUUGGUCACUGUGCUCAACCUUCUGGGCAUCAGCCUGGGCUACUUUGGUCCCAAAUGCUACAUGGUCCUCUUCUAUCCGGAGUGCAACACGCUCAGCAGCAUGAUUCAGGGCUACACCAUGGGGAAGGACUAG